CGGGUGGGCGGAGUCUGGAGGCGCGUUCUUGACGUGAAGGCGUAACGCGGUGGAUUUAGCCUUCUCCGAAGUACUACACGUGCCGGGAACAUGAGCAAAGAGAGUCCGUGGGGGAGCCCCAUCAGGGCCCCGGCCUGUAUGGAGAGCCAGCUGGGAGCGGUGCGGUACCGCAGAGAUGGUGCCAUGCUCCUCUCCGCCUCUAGCCUGAAUUCUCGCACUUGGGAAGGUUCCAUCUGGAUUUUCAAAGAUCCUACAGAAGCUCCGAAUGAGAGCCUGUGUACAGCCGGAGUACAGACAGAGACCAGCAUUGCAGAUGUAGCCUGGGUCCUGGAGAGAGGAAUCCUCGUGGCUUCAGAUUCCGGGGCUGUGGAACUGUGGGAGCUGCUGGAUAAGGAAUCUCUCCUUGUUAAUAAAUUCACCAAGUAUGAGCAUGAUGACAUGGUGACCACAGUCAGUGUGUUUGCUGGAGGGACGCUAGCUGUCAGUGGAAGCAAAGAUUUCAGUGUGCAGGUCUGGGAUCUCUCUCAAAAAACCUCACUGAAGUCUUAUAAAGCGCAUUCCAACCAAGUGAAUUGUGUUUCUGCGUGCCCUGGCAAAGAAACGAUUUUUCUCUCUUGUGGCGAGGACAAUAGGGUGCUACUGUGGGACACAAGGAAUCCUAAACCUGCCAAGAGCAUUAAUGUCUGUGCCCCAAAUGUUUCCCCUACUUACGUGACCUGGCACCCUGACAAAGACGACAUGUUUGCUUGUGGUGAUGAAAUUGGAAAUGUGUAUAUUGUAAAUGUGACCAAUCCAGAAUCUGCUCAGGUAGUAGCGGCACAUUCCAGGUCUAUAACGGGGCUGGCCUAUUCUGCCCACAGUUCUCCAUUAUUGGCAUCCAUCAGUGAAGAUUGUUCCGUUGUGGUCCUGGACUCUGACUCUUCAGAAAUUUUCAAGGAUCAGUCGCACAAAGAUUUUGUGACAGGAGUGGCAUGGUCUCCAUCUGAUCUCUCCAGCUUCACUACUGUUGGAUGGGACCACAAGGUACUUCAUCACAGCCUCCCUAAGGAAGACAAACCGGAUUCACCGGCUGAGACACAAGACUAAAGGAGAACUACCACAUGUAAAAUAGUAAAUCCCUUUUAGUGUACAUGAAAAAUUUGAAACCUAUGUAUAGCUGUCAGUGCUGUUUCUGCACUACUCAUAGGUCCUCAUGCCAACAUUUUUCUACCAUACUUUGUUUUUGGGUUCAUUAUUGUCAAAAGGUCAUCAUGAUGGUCCGAACAUCCUAAUCGCCAUCUACAGGAUUGUUAGUUGCUAGCUUGAAUAGUGACUGGUUCGGGUGUAUCAAAGUGCUAUCAUGAGGUCCUAAGACUAGGGCAUCUGCAGUCUUCUGCUCUGUGGUUUCACUGAGAAGUAUUAUAUGUAUGUACACUAAAAUGGAGUUAACAUCAUUGUACUGUAGACCUUCCCACGUUUGUACACCUGAUGACAGGUAAUGUGUCUUCUGAGGUAUCUGGGUGUACAUUCGGCAGCAUUCUUUUUUGCCACAUUGGCAGAUUGUGGUUUCCAAGCUCUUAUAAAUGACCAAUGGUCUGGGAGCACACGUUCUUUAGUUACUUACUUACUUUUUUGAGUUCAUGUCUUUAAAAAUAACUUUUUUGUAUUUCGCGUGUUAGAUACUCACUGUCUGUUAGUUGCAGUAUUUUCCUCCCAUUUGUUCUAUAGUACUGUAUUACUGAAUUUACAGUAGUAAUCAAAACUGCUUACAAUUUAUAUUGCAUCCUUUUAAUAAAACAUUGGCAGAA